UGCGUACAAGAUCCGUAGAAAUUCGGAGAAGGUCGGCCUAUGCGUCGACUUAUGAGUGUAUGGAUAAAACGGAGUUCAAAAUAGAGCAAGGUAUCGCAGACAAAAAGACAUGAAAAGAUAGGCUGUAUUCUGAACGAAUUCCAGUUGGUAGUAUUUUUUUUUUUUUGACAUUAAGUGUGAACCACCAUAGCUGGCCUAUUCCGCCGUGUAUCCCGCCACAAAAACGCCUCUAAUUUGUUUAGCUUUUCUCAGUCUCGAAUAUCUCUCUAUAUAAAUCCAAAAUCUUUCACGCUCUUCUCAUCUUAGUCAGCCUUCUUUUUCUCUCAAAGACAGAAAACGAGUCAGCCAGUUUCACAUUUACAGUAAAUCGGUCAAUCAAAAGCAUGUUGCUGAGGAAAGAAAUUGCUCUUCUUGCAGUAUCGGUAUUACUGGUGCUUCAGACUCAGACUGUCAUUUCACAGAUUAACAGAGCAAGUUUUCCCCAGGGUUUUGUUUUUGGAACUGCCUCUUCUGCUUUCCAGUAUGAAGGUGCAGUGAAAGAGGAUGGAAGGGGACCAACUAUCUGGGAUACAUUUUCACAUACUUUCGGUAAGAUACUGGACGCCAGUAAUGCAGAUGUUGCAGUGGAUCAGUACCAUCUUUACCCUGAAGAUAUAGACCGAAUGAAGGACAUGGGAUGGGAUGCCUACAGGUUUUCUAUUGCUUGGUCUCGCAUUUUCCCUAAUGGAACGGGAGAAAUUAAUCAGGCAGGAGUUGAUCACUACAAUAAUCUCAUCAAUGCAUUACUUGCUAAAGGAAUUGAACCAUAUGUCACCCUUUACCACUGGGACCUUCCUCAAGCAUUGGAGGACAAAUAUAAUGGAUGGCUUGAUCGUCAAAUUAUACAGGACUUUGCAACAUAUGCCGAGACAUGCUUUCAAAAAUUUGGUGACAGGGUGAAGUACUGGAUCACUUUCAAUGAGCCACAUACAUUUUCCGUACAAGGCUAUGAUGUGGGUAUAUUUGCGCCUGGACGUUGCUCAAUCGUUGGUGGAAUAUUCUGCAGGGCUGGGAACUCUGCAACUGAACCUUACAUAGUCGCCCACAAUGUUCUUCUUUCUCAUGGAGCAGCAGCAGAUAUAUACAGGAAAAAGUACAAGCCAACACAACAUGGAUCAGUUGGCAUAUCAUAUGAUGUUAUUUGGUUUGAUCCUGCAUCAAAUUCCACAGCAGACAUUGAAGCAACAAAAAGGGCCCAGGAGUUUCAACUUGGCUGGUUUCUUGACCCUGUGAUGUUUGGGGACUAUCCAAGUUCAAUGAGAAGCAGAGUAGGAAGCCGUCUGCCAAGUUUUUCCAAAUCUGAGGCUGCACUUCUCAAGGGCUCCAUAGAUUUUGUUGGAAUCAAUCACUACACCACAUUCCUUGCUUCAAAAAGCCCACUUAGGGGUCUUAACGACUCUAAUUCAGACUCUGGUGCCCUUACUCUUCCCUUUGCAUUUGGAAAACCUAUUCCAGACAGGGCAAAUUCUAUAUGGUUGUAUAUAGUGCCUCAUGGAAUGAGGAGCUUAAUGAAUUACAUCAAGCAAAAGUAUGGGAACCCUCCGGUCAUGAUCACAGAAAAUGGAAUGGAUGAUCCAAAUAACCUACUUAUUCCAAUCAAAGAAGCUUUGAAAGAUCAGAAAAGAAUCAAAUAUCACAAUGACUAUUUAACAAACUUGCUAGCAGCUAUAAAAGAAGAUGGGUGCAAUGUGAAAGGUUAUUUUGUAUGGUCUUUAUUGGAUAACUGGGAGUGGUCAGCUGGAUACUCUUCAAGGUUUGGCCUCUAUUUUGUCGAUUAUAAUGACAAACAGAAGAAGAGAUACCCAAAGGACUCUGUUCAAUGGUUCAAGAAAUUCCUGUCUUCUUCAUAAGAUGAGAAAAUUGAAACAAAUGCUGAAAAUUCCCAUUGUUAAACCAAUUUCUUCUGCCAAAUCCAAUUUGUGUUUCUGCAGGAAUAUGUGAUUCUAAGUUGCUGGUACUUGAGAAACAUACCCUCAACAUAUGAUAUGUGAUACACUCAUUCAGCAGUUCUUAAAAUGUUUUUCAUUGUAAGGUAAAAAAAAUUGACAUCUUUGUCGUC